AUGGGGGGACCUUACAAUCACAACAAGGGUGGGAAUAGUAGUAAUUCUAGUAGCAACAGAGGGAGGCCUUAUGGUUUGAUGCUGCUGUUGGCAUUUGGGGCUGCAUUGGUUGGAGUCAUGGUGCUUCAUAAGUUCAGAGAAAGGCGCAUCUUCAACCUUGUUAUCAAAGAGAAAGACACUCAGCUCGUUUCGCUUCACCUCGCCUUACAGAAGGAGAGAGACUACAGCAGGGAAGUAAAAAUGAAGCAUGAAGAGCUGAAAGCGAAGAUGUACUCCAUUAGAACACAAAAGAUGCAGCUUGAGAGGACGGUGUUCGAGAUGAAGUCUACUAUUGGUUCGCUUAAAGAGGAGCUGAGAACAAUGGAGGCUGCAUUUGAGGAGAAGCAAAACGAAACCAAAGUGACGAGAUUGAGUGAUGAUCGGAACGAUGAUCCUCGGAUGAUGGAGUUGGUGGAAAGCCUAAAGCAAAAGGAAGCUGAAAUUGAGAAGUUGAAACACCACCUCGAGUAUAAGGUAUGGUCGGUAAGUGCUGACGACACAUCAAACCCAACCGGAAAUCUGACCAUGUCCAGAAGGCGAGGAGUGGCUGAUCAAGUGUCAGGUGAAGAAGGAACUGCCAAUAAGUCCAUGAAUCUUAAACAGGGUGAGACUAGGAAAAAAGUAGACGAUCAAACUGGCAACGCAGAAGGGGAAACAAAGGUGGAUGAUUCCCGAGUUGUGAAUAUGAAAGGUGGCAUUACCACUGAGGAGGUCCGAGCAAAGAAUCAGGAUUUCAAAGAGGGAAAUCAGAAAGCAAUUGAUGGUCAAAAGAGAAGUAGGAAUCUCCAAAAAGUUGAAAAUUCUGAACAAGGUGAUGGACAGAAAAUUCGAGUGAAAAAAGAGCGAGGGAUGAAGUUGGAAAUGCAAGAUGUGGGAUCUGAAAAUAAGGAAAGGUCUAGAUUGGGAGGGAAGCAAGACUACUUUAGAGGUAUCAAAGGAAAGAAAUGGAGAUUAGUUCCCAGGAAUAGGAGGAUGGAGAAGAAGGGGAGUUAUCGAAACAAUGGGGUGGCAAGCAUGAGAGGUAGGAGUUUCUUUGAAGAUGAUCAGUAUAAGGGCAGAGCAGAGGAAGCGGCUUUGAACAGGAGAGUAACAAGCGAUGAUCGCACAAUGCAAGCAAGGGAGUCUGCGGAUUCAAGUGAUGCAGAAGAUCUGGAAAACAAGCUUACACAUUUUGAUUCAACUCAUUCAAGUGAUGGUGAUGGUAAAGUCAGUGGCACAGCAAGUAAUGAUACAAAACAGAAACAAGAAGUUGAAAAUUCAGAAGACCAUGAAGCCGUCAAUAAUAUCGGCAAUGAAGAAGAUAGAGCUGAUGCCGAUACACAGGACUUUCCGGGAGAUAUGGAAAUUGCAGAGGCUGAAGAACAGGAGAAUGAUGUAACUGAGGACGGUUUCCUUGCUGAAUCAGGUUUCAAUUCGGAAGAUAGAGAGGAGUACAAGGAGGAAAUAGAUGCGUCUGAAUUCUAGUUUUAGGAUGUUAAAUAGAUUGUGUAACUGAUGUGAUAAGUGACUGUCAUAUGUUAGCUUUUCUUUUCUUUGCCAAUUAGUAUUUAGUACCAUGUACUAGUGUUCCUGUAGCCUGUUUGAAUGAAUCAAAAGCUGAUGCGUCACAAAACU